UUUCAUCGAGUGCCUGCAGCGACUAGAGACAAUCUAUUUCCAUCGAUCGUGUCAUGAGCCAGCGACCUAGUACGACGAUCAGGAACUUGUAGUACGCCGAUGGCCGCGUCAGCCAAAUCGCUCCACCCGACACCGUCGGACCUCACCGUGCAGCAGUGCCACUAUCCCUGCCCCUGCGACGUCGAGUAUGAUGAUUCGGUGGAACUGUCCUUGCCUCCGCGACCGCCGAUCCCCAGGGAGCUCAUGGACGAUUUGGGCAUAGGUUUGGACACCGGCGACGUCGGCGAGAACGCGGACCUGUUCAGGCAGUUCAUGGCCCUGGAGAAGGAGCUCGACCUGCUUGAGUGCGAGGAGGAGGACCUGCGGAUCGAGAUCGCGGACCUGCUGCCCAUGGUUCGGCUCAUGGAGGCAGAGCACGAGUACCAGCACAAGACCAAGUGCGGCGGCGCCCUAAUCGUCGGCCACGUCGUCGAGGUUGUCGACGAGGGCCACGCUGUCGUGACCACCAGCGCCAGGCCCUUCGCCUUCUGCGUGCCCGUCCUCGGCGACGUGGACCGCGCGCUCCUCAAGCCAUCGGCCAACGUCGCGCUGUCAAUGUCGAACCUCGCGGUCGUCCAAGUGCUGCCGGCGGACUCCGGCUGGACCGUGCCCCUCGUCAAUGCCACCGAGAGGCCGAGCGUCACCUACGCGGACGUGGUCGGGUGCGAAGAGCAGAAGCGGGAGGUGCUCGAGGCCGUGGAGCUGCCGCUGACGCACCCGGAGCUGUUCGCCCGUGCCGGCGUGGAGGCGCCGCGCGGCGUGCUCCUGCACGGCCCGCCGGGCACCGGCAAGACCAUGCUGGCCAAAGCCGUCGCGCAUCACACGUCGGCGGCCUUCAUCCGCGUGAGCGGCUCGGAGUUCGUGAACAGGCACCCGGGCGAGGGGCCCAGGAUGGUCCGCGAGGUGUUCCAGGCCGCCCGCGAGAACGCGCCGGCCAUCAUCUUCUUCGACGAGGUGGACGCGAUCGCGGCGGCGCGGACCGACUCCGACGACGCCUCGGCCGCCGACCGCGAGGUGUACAGGGUGCUGCUGGAGCUGCUCGCGCAGAUGGACGGCUUCGACCAGUGCCCCGACGUGCGGGUGAUCAUGGCGACCAACCGCGCCGACGCGCUGGACCCGGCGCUGCUGCGGCCGGGGCGCCUGGACCGCAGGGUGGAGUUCCCGCUGCCGGGGAGGGCGCAGAAGCGGCGGCUGUUCCAGGCGUGCACGGCGGGGAUGCCCCUUGACGGCGGCGUCGACCUGGAGGACCUGGUGGCCCGGCACGAGGAGAUGAGCGCCGCGGACAUCGACGCCGUGUGCCGCGAGGCUGGCAUGCGGGCCGUGCGCGACCGCCGGUGCGUGGUGACGCGCGAGGACUUGGAGGAGGGCUACCACGCCGUGGCCAAGCAUAUCGACCGCGGUGCUGACCAGUUCGCGUUCUACAGCUUAUAGUAGAAAAACUUGUUCCGUCGUGGUCAUUUUUGUUCAGCUUCUCAGACCAAACGGGAGUCAUGUAUUCACGUUUACACCUGUUGAGCUGUAGAGACAUGCUUGCUCGCUGUAGGUUGGGUGUUCGAUUAUACAUCUAUACUCGGUCCUCCUCUCAUAUUUUAGGUCAAA